AUGAGGCAUUAUUAUGUGAUUGCCACGUUUUGGUUCUACAGCGCACUCCUUUUGGGGGUCAACGUUACCGGUGAAUAUUAUACUUCCAACGAAAGGAUGCGGCAACUAAUCAAGCUAGAGGAAUCCCUGACAAAUCAUCUCAGCAGAUACAUAGAGAAUAACGGAAACCACUCCGUGGUGCUGCAGUUUCAACGAGAUGAGCUACAACAGCAGCUGAAAGAAGCCACUGCGCACGAUGUAUUGUACGUAUCGCAUCCAGUCACUGCAUUUCUGCUGAUAAAUCGCCUCCUUACCGAUUGGCAGAAGAUUGGGACACACAUCGGGCUAGACGUCCGUCAGUACACGUUUGAGAACAUUGAGAUGCCCACGAUCGACGAUGUUAGUGGUGUAGUGGAAGCGCUGGCCCGACUGCAAGAUUUGUAUCGACUUAAGCCGAACAAAUGUUCGCUAGACAUCGGUAUAGAUCUGCCGUUCGAUCAAGCGUUGGGUGCCUUUGAUUGCUAUCAAAUUGCUGAUCAUUUGUUGGCGGCUGGAUUCCAUUCCCAAUCGAUUCCCUGGUUCCAAGAGGCACUGAAUCUGUGGAGUGUGGAUUAUGUUCGACUAACGAAAAUCGAUGUUGCGAACGAGCUCGCUAAAGCGCUUUACAAUGAAAGGCGCUAUACCGAGGCAUUGAAGUUAACGGAGGAAGUGCUACAAGAGCAACCGGACAAUGCAGGGGCACUGUUUAGUAGAAAAUCGCUGGAAAAUGUAACUAUUUUCGAGCGGUCUAGUGACAACGAGGAAGGAACAGACACGCCCGAGUACAGUGAUUAUGAUAGGCUUUGCCGCGGAGACAUUCAGCAACCUGACAGUGUGCAGAAAACGUUAUACUGUUUCUACGAACACAACCGAACUCCUUUUCUUACGAUAGCGCCACUGAAGCUAGAGCAGAUAAAUCACGACCCGUUUAUAGUGGUCUAUCAUGAGAUAAUAUCAAACAGCGAGAUCACCAAUGUGCUAGAAGCGGCACAUCCUCGACUGAACAGAGCAUUGGUAUUUGCGGCAAACCAAUAUACCGUUACAAAGUUUCGCACUAGCACCAACGCGUGGCUUAAUGUGGAUAUGUUUUACACACAUUUGAGGCCGAUUGUACAGCGAGUUGAAGAUAUGACUGGCCUGACGAAAAGGUCCUACGAUCAACUACAGAUUGGAAACUAUGGAGUUGGUGGUCACUAUUCAACGCACCAUGAUUACGAUGUGCCCGCCGACGGUCAGGAAGCCUUCCCGAGCCUAGGAAAGGGCAACCGUGUAGCUACCGUAAUGUACUACCUGAGCGAGGUUGACGUUGGCGGUGCUACCGUCUUCCCCAACAUCGAUGUUGCCGUGUUCCCCCGGAAAGGAUCGGCCGUAUUUUGGUACAAUUUGCACCGGAACGGAACAGCGGAUCCACGAACUCUUCAUGCGGCGUGUCCUGUUAUGCUCGGUUCUAAAUGGGUUGCCAAUCAAUGGAUCCACGAACGAGGUCUGGAGUUCAAAUACCCGUGUGCAUUAGACCCUAUGCUUUGA